AUGUCGACCUUUACGUUGUAUGAAGAUUAUACUCCUCCUUCUUGGUCAAUGAGGCCUAAGCUUCCUUUCUAUUUAGAGGUAUUGAAGAAUGGAGUAUUAAUUUAACAGAAGAAAAUUGACAAUAAAGCUAUGUAUUUGAUAGGGAAGAACGAAAAAAUAUGCGAUAUCGUAUUGGAUAAUCCUACAAUAAGUAGAAAGCAUGCAGUAUUGCAAUCAAAGAAUACAAAUGAAUUUUACUUAUAUGAUUUGGGGAGUACUCAUGGAACAUUUGUCAAUAAUGUUAGAAUUCCAACUAAAUUAUUCCAUAAAUUAAAACCAUAUGAUCAAUUGAAGUUCGGAUAAAGUUUAAGAAUGUAUAUUUUGAGAUGUGAGGACCUAGAGAAAGAAGAUGCAAAUGUAUAAGAAUAGGAAUUACAAAAGAAAUUAGAUAAAAGAAAUGCCAAAAGAGAAUUUAAAACAGUUAAGGAACAUUAUUUGAAUCUGUUGUAUUAGAAUCCAUUGUACAGACAUAUGAAACCUAGAAAGAAAGAAGAAUCGGAGAUAGAAGGUAUAGAUUGGGGAAUCGAUGAUGAACAAGAAGUUUAUAGAUAUCAUUAGGAAUAAGAGUAUCCAUUGGAGCCUGAAUUAUUGCUUUAAUUACCUGGAUUAUCGGAAUAAUUGAUAGAUAAAAUCAAUAAAUAUAGUGAAAAGUUAUCAACUUAUCGUUAAUAAUAAGAAGAGUUGGAUAAUUUGCUUGUGAAGGAGAGAAAGAAUUUUGGUUUGGAUGAAUAAUCGGGCAGAAAUAAAUGUGAUUUAGAAACUAAAGUCUAGGAAUUGGGAUCUGAAUUGGAAAGUUUGGAAGUUGGUUUGAAAUUUGUGUUGUUUGGUGAUAGGGUCUAGAAGAUUAAUAAAUUUGAAUAGUAAGCUGAAGUGAGUUCAGAAGAAGAAGAUGAAUUCUAUGAUAACACUUUGAAGAAAAAAGUAAAUACCCAAGAAGUUUAAUAAGUAAAUAACGAAAUUAAAGUAGAAAAAACUACUGAAUCAUAUUAACAACUCAAAAAAAGAUUAGAGUAAUUAAUUGAGGAAAGGGAUCUCUUAAAUAAUGAAUUAUUAAACAUUUAAAGGAAUGAAGAAAAAGAAAUUGACGAAGAAGAUGAAUUAGAUAAUUAUAUGAAAUAAACAGCCAUCUCAAUUGCAUAAUAAGAAAGACCUAAAUUAUUGGAUAAAUUGAAAUCUGUUAUUGAUAAUAUAACUAAAGUUUCAGAGCAAUUGAAAUUUGUUAAACCGGAUAUUAAAUUGUCAUUUUUCAAUGAUGAAGAAGAGGAAAAUCCUGCUGAAGCUGAAAAUAACACUCAAGUGAAACCAAAUCAAAAUCUAUAAUCAAAUGAUCAAGUCAAAUCUAGUAAUACUACUACUACCUUUGAGUAAUUGAAAAAAUUAAAAGAACAAGCAGAGAAGGAAUAGGAUGAAGAAGAAGACGAAGAGAUGAUCUUAGAAAAGGCAAGGAGAUUCUUUGAGAAGGAAGCAGAAAAGGAAAGUCAAAGAGAUAAAUAAAAGAUGAAACAACUUAAAGAAUAGUAAAAGGUUCAAGAAAUAUUGCAAUAAUAUGAUAAAGAAUAAUAGGAGUUGAUAUAAUAACAAUAGAAAUAGGCACCAAAACCAAAGCCCCACUCUAGAAAUUAUAGGGAUACUGAAGUUGAAAAGGAUGAUUAUAUUGAUAUCACCAAGUUUUAAUGA